UCCGCCCAGGCGCGCUCCCCGGGCCCCCAGCUUUCCGCUGGGUCCGGCGGAAAUGAGCCGUGGCUCUGGGUGGGCGGCAGACACCUCACACACACACCCAAAAGCUGGGCGCACGGUGCCGCCCGCUGGGACCAGAUCCCGCCCUGCCCCAGCGGAGCUGACGCGCAAGGGCGCUGAGGACAGCGGCCCGGCCCCUAGGUCCCCGCGCGCCACACCCCUUGCCCGCCUGUCUGUCCAGCAGAGACACGCCCCCUCCCGCCUAUACGCCUCGACCCCCUCGGGGGGCCCAGGCGGGGCCCAAAUCUGCGCCAGCGUCGCCGCCAUCGGCUGAGCCUGUGCCGCGUCCCUAGCUCUGCGAAGGACAGGCCUCGCGCCAGGACCCCGGCGGACUUCUGAGGUGCCAGGAUGGUGGGAGAACUCCGCUACAGGGAAUUCAGGGUGCCCCUGGGGCCUGGCUUGCAUGCCUAUCCUGAGGAGCUGAUCCGCCAGCGGGUGGGCCAUGACGGGCAUCCUGAGUACCAGAUCCGCUGGCUCAUCCUCAAGCGCGGAGAUGAUGGGGAAGGGGGAUCUGGUCAAGUGGACUGCAAGGCUGAGCACAUCCUGCUGUGGAUGUCUGACGACGAGAUCUAUGCCAACUGCCACAAGAUGCUAGGCGAGGACGGCCAAGUCAUCGGGCCCUCCCAGGAAUCUGCAGCAGAGGCCGGCGCUCUGGACAAAGCCGUGCUGGGGGAGAUGGAAACUGAAGUGAAGUCCCUGAUUCAGAGGGCCCUUCGGCAGCUGGAGGAGUGUAUGGGAACUGUCCCUCCUGCUCCUCUGCUUCACACUGUCCAUGUGCUCAGUGCCUAUGCCAGCAUCGAGCCCCUCACUGGGGUCUUCAAAGACCCAAGAGUCCUGGACCUGCUCAUGCACAUGCUGAGUAGUCCUGACUACCAGAUUCGCUGGAGUGCAGGCCGGAUGAUACAAGCCCUGUCCUCCCAUGAUGCUGGUGAGGGGCAGCUUGGGGAGGAAGGGAGAGCAGGAGAGGGGCUGGGUCGGCUCAGGGACUCACAGGACACUGUGGCAGGAGCCUCUGACCUCAUCAGCACCCGGACCCAGAUCCUUCUGUCAUUGAGCCAACAAGAGGCCAUUGAGAAACACCUGGAUUUUGACAGCCGCUGUGCGCUGCUAGCACUAUUUGCACAGGCCACUCUCUCUGAACAUCCCAUGUCUUUCGAGGGUAUUCAACUGCCUCAGGUCCCAGGAAGGCUGCUCUUCUCCCUUGUGAAACGCUAUUUGCAUGUCACCUCCCUGCUGGAUCAACUGAAUGACAGUGCUGGGGAGCCAGGAGCCCAGAACAACUCUGCUCCUGAGGAGUUGAGUGUGGAGAGGGGCCGGUUGGAGCUGGAAUUCAGUAUGACCAUGGGCACCCUGAUCUCCGAGCUGGUGCAGGCCAUGCGCUGGGACUGGGCUUCGACCAGACCAGGGAGCUCGGCUCGGUCCCCCUGUUCCAUCUUCCAGCCUCAGCCUGCAGAUAGCAGCCCACGGCUCCCACCCUCCCAGCCCCAGCGUUCCUUCAAGAGGUCAAGACGGUUUCGCCCUCGCACUGAGUUCGCAAGCGGCAACACCUAUGCCUUAUACGUGCGGGACAUGCUGCAGCCAGGGAUGCGAGUACGAAUGCUGGAUGACUAUGAGGAGAUCAGUAGAGGGGAUGAGGGCGAGUUCCGGCAGAGCAAUAGUGGAGUGCCCCCCGUGCAGGUGUUGUGGGAGUCGACAGGCCGCACCUACUGGGUACACUGGCACAUGCUGGAGAUCCUGGGCUUUGAGGAAGACAUUGAGGAUGCGGUUGAGGCUGAUGAGUACCAGGGGGCAGUGGUCAGUGGAGCUCUGGGCAGAGCCUUGCCCUCCUGGCGCUGGAAGCCCAUGACUGAGCUCUAUGCUGUGCCUUAUGUGCUGCCUGAGGAUGAGGACACUGAGGAGAGUGAACACCUGACCCAAGCCGAGUGGUGGGAGCUCCUCUUUUUCAUCAAGAAGUUGGAUGGACCUGACCGUCAGGGGGUUCUCCAGCUCCUACAGGAGAACCUGGAUGGGGAGCACAUUUUGGACGAGGAGAUCCUGGCUGAGCUGACUGUGCCCAUUGAGCUGGUCCAGGAUCUGCUAUUGACUCUGCCACAGCAACUUGAUGACAGUGCCCUCAGGGACCUGCUCAACUGCCAUGUCUACAGAAAGUAUGGGCCCGAGGCCCUGGCAGGGCAGCCAGCUCAUCCAACCCUUCUAGAAGCCCAGCAAGAUGUGCUCCUGCCGAGAGCCCAGGGCCAGCCCCAGGAAUCAGAAGAUGCAGCCAGAGUGGAAGCAAAAGAACCCCCCUCUCAGAGCCCCAGUGCUGCCCUGAAGUCUCUGGUGGAGGGUUUGGGUCCUGCUGGGAAACUCCUUGUAGAUUUGGAGCAAGCCCUUGGCUCUGGCUCAGAGGGGCCCCUGGAGAGCCAGGUCAAGUCCUGCCUGCUGCAGCUCCAGCGGCAGCCCCAGCCUUUCCUCGAAUUGAUGCAGAGCCUUGACACUCCAGCCACCAAUAAGACCCUGCACCUGACUGUGCUGAGAAUUCUGAUGAAGCUGGUAGACUUCCCCGAGGCGCUGCUGCUCCCCUGGCACGAGGCCAUGGAUGCCUGCAUGGCCUGCCUGCGGUCCCCCAACACUGACCGAGAGGUGCUCCAAGAACUGAUCUUCUUCCUGCACCGCCUGACCUCAGUGAGCAGGGACUAUGCUGUGGUGCUCAAUCAGCUGGGAGCCCGAGAUGCCAUCUCCAAGGCCCUGGAAAAGCACCUGGGAAAGCUGGAGCUGGCUCAGGAGCUGAGGGACAUGGUGUUCAAGUGUGAGAAGCAUGCCCACCUCUACAGGAAGCUCACCACCAACAUCCUGGGCGGCUGCAUCCAGAUGGUGCUGGGCCAGAUCGAAGACCACAGACGAACCCACCGGCCCAUCAAUAUCCCCUUCUUUGAUGUCCUCCUCAGAUACCUGUGCCAGGGCUCCAGCGUGGAAGUGAAGGAGGACAAGUGCUGGCAGAAGGUGGAGGUGUCUUCCAACCCGCACCGGGCCUGCAGACUGACGGACCGCAAUCCCAAGACCUACUGGGAGUCCAAGGGUAGUGCAGGCUGUCACUCCAUCACCCUGCACAUGCGCCAGGGUGUCCACAUCAGGCAGCUGACUCUGCUGGUGGCCGGGGAGGACUCAAGCUACAUGCCGGCUCGGGUGGUGGUGUGCGGGGGCGACAGCACCAGCUCUCUUAACACAGAACUCAACUCGGUAAAUGUGAUGCCUUGUGCCAGCCGGGUGACACUCCUGGAGAACCUGACUCGCUUCUGGCCCAUCAUCCAGAUCCGCAUAAAACGCUGCCAGCAGGGUGGCAUUGACACUCGAAUUCGGGGGCUGGAAGUCUUGGGUCCCAAGCCCACUUUCUGGCCAGUGUUCCGGGAGCAACUGUGUCGUCACACACGCCUCUUCUACAUGGUUCGGGCGCAGGCCUGGAGCCAGGACAUAGCAGAGGACCGUAGGAGUCUCCUGCACCUGAGCUCUAGGCUCAAUGGGGCUCUGCGUCAGGAGCAGAAUUUUGCUGAUCGUUUCCUCCCUGACGACGAGGCUGCCCAAGCACUGGGCAAGACCUGCUGGGAGGCCCUGGUCAGCCCCCUCGUGCAGAACAUCACCUGUCCCGAUGAGGACGGCACCAGCCCUCUGGGCUGGCUGCUGGACCAGUACCUGGAGUGUCGGGAGGCUGCUCAGAACCCCCAGAGUCGUGCGGCAGCUUUCUCCUCACGGGUGCGCCGCCUCACCCACCUGCUGGUGCACGUGGAGCCCUGUGAGGCAGCCCCUCCGGUGGUGGCCACCCCUCAGCCCAACGGCAGAACCAGAAGCCAUGACUGGAGGUCCUUGUCCAUCCGGGGACUUCCAAGCAGUAUCAUGAGAAACCUGACCCGCUGUUGGCAGGCCGUGGUGGAGGAGCAGGUGAAUAACUUUCUGACCUCCUCCUGGCGGGAUGACGACUUUGUGCCCCGCUACUGCGAGCAAUUUUAUAACCUGCAGAAGUCAAGUUCUGAGCUGUUUGGGCCAAGGGCAGCCUUCUUACAGGCGCUGCAGAAUGGCUGUGCUGGUGCCUUGCUGAAGCUCCCUUUUCUCAGAGCUGCUCAUGUGAGUGAGCAGUUUGCUCGGCACAUUGACCAGCGGAUCCAGGGCAGCCGGAUCGGGGGAGCUCGAGGAAUGGAGAUGCUGGCACAAUUGCAACGCUGCCUGGAAACUGUCCUAAAUUUCUCUGGUCUGGAGAUAGCUACCACCUUUGAGCAUUACUACCAGCACUACAUGGCAGACCGUCUCCUGAGCUUGGGCUCCAGCUGGCUGGAGGGGGCCGUGCUGGAGCAGAUCGGCCUCUGUUUCCCCAACCGCCUCCCCCAGCUCAUGUUGCAGAGCCUCAGCACCUCAGAGGAGCUGCAGCGCCAGUUCCAUGUCUAUCAGCUCCAGCAGCUCGACCAGGAACUGCUGAAGCUGGAGGACACAGAGAAGAAAAUUCAGGUGGACCAUGAGGCCAGUGGCAAGGAGCAUAAGAGUGAGAAGGAAGAGGAUGCUGGAGCAACAGCAGCCAUGGCCAUGGCAGAGGGAGAGGAAGAAGAGGAGAAUGAGGACCUCUACUAUGAAGGGGCAAUGCCAGAAGUAUCUGUGCUCGUCCUGUCCCCACGCUACUGGCCUGUGGCCUCCAUCUGCCACACACUGAACCCCAGAACCUGCCUGCCUUCCUACCUGAGGGGCACUUUGAAUCGAUAUUCCAAGUUCUACAACAAGAGUCAGAGCCACCCUGCCGUAACGCAAGACCUGCAGAAGGGACUGCAGUGGACAUGGCUGGGCCGGGCUGAGCUGCAGUUUGGGGACCAGACCCUGCAUGUGUCCACAGUGCAGAUGUGGCUGCUGCUAUAUCUCAAUGACCUGAAGGUGUUGUCUGUUGAGAGCCUUCGGGAGCUCUCAGGGCUUCCUCUGGACAUGCUGAAUCAAGCAAUUGGGCCUCUCACCUCUUCAAGAGGCCCUUUGGAUCUCCAGGAGCAGAAGGAUGUACCAGGAGGGGUGCUGAAGAUUCGAGAUUGCAGCGAGGAACCCAGGCCAAGGAGGGGCAACGUGUGGCUCGUCCCACCUCAGACAUACCUGAAAGCUGAGGGUGAAGAGGGCCGGAACUUGGAGAAGAGACGGAACCUUCUGAACUGCCUCGUUGUCCGAAUCCUCAAGGCCCAUGGGGAUGAGGGCCUGCACAUUGACCAGCUUGUCUGUCUGGUGCUGGAGGCUUGGCAGAAGGGCCCGUGUCCUCCCAGGGGUUUAGUCAGCAGCCUUGGCAUGGGGGCUGCAUGCUGCAGCACUGACGUCCUCUCCUGCAUCCUGCACCUCCUGGGCAAAGGCACACUGAGACGCCAUAAUGACCGGCCCCAAAUGCUGUCCUAUGCAGUCCCUGUGACCGUGAUGGAGCCCCACACUGAGUCCUUGAACCCAGGCUCCUCAGGGCCCAACCCACCCCUCACCUUCCACACCCUGCAGAUUCGCUCCCGGGGUGUGCCCUAUGCCUCCUGCACUGGCACCCAGAGUUUCUCCACCUUCCGAUAGUUCUGGAAAUGGGAUCCGGGGUAGCUGAGGUUAGGGCUUUCUACAGAAAUAAAAUGCAGGGGUUUG